AAAUUAAAUACAACAACUAGAUUAAUAUGAAUAAACAUAAAAUACCCAAAUUAGUCUUAGGACUAACGAUAUUAUGUCUAUUCACACCCCAACUCGCAAGGGCCCAAGAUGAAUCUUUGGCGGGCAGUUUUCUCUCGGGACUUUUGGAUACCAUCACCAGUACAGCCGAUUCUAAGGAUUGUCCGGGUGUUUGUGUGCAUACACUGGCCACUUUAAUAUGUUAUGAAGUUUUGGAUGAUAUUCCCUGUCCCUCGGCCAGUAUGAAAUGUUGCAUAGAAAGUGCUCCCGCUAGAAAUGUUACUGCACAUCAUACUACUUCAACUAGCACUACGACGACUACAACUACGACAACCACCUCGACUAGAAAACCCACAACCACAUCGGUAAAGCCUAAACCCAAGACUACAGCUUCAACUACACCGAAGCCGAAAACUACACAAAAGAAGCCGAGUACUACCACCAAGACUACGACUAAGAAGCCGGUGACUACAACGACCACAGCAGCUGCCUCCAAGAAGACGGAGAAACAAAAGGAUGCUGACGAUAAGAUAAAUGAAAACUGUAAAGGCGUCUGUGUUGCCGAUAGAAUUGCUGAAUACUGCGAAGCCUAUUUGACCAGCAGUGGUUUAUGUAAGGAAGGUACAAAAUGUUGUGUCUCCCUAGAUGACUAUUCCAAUAGCAAAUUGCCCAAGGAUAUUUAUAUACCAGCUAAACACAUGGCCAAUUUAAACAGUCAACAAAACAAAACUAAAGCUGCCUCCUCCACUAAGACAGCCAGUGGCUCCAAACCAUCCAGCACCAGUACAACCACAACAACUACCACUUCCACUACCCCUGAACCGGCUCGCACAAAGAUCAUCAGCAGCAGUUCCAGUCAAAACAAGCCGGUGAAACAUAAAAAAACACCCACGGCCCAUACAACCACCACAACCACCCCAGAGCCUAUCGAGGAAGAGGAUGAAAAUGAAGAGCAGCAGGAUGAGGAUGAGAAUGAAAAGAAUGAUAAUGAUAAAACGGAAAACUCAAAUGGUCAAGUGCUAAAGGAGUGUGAAGGGGAAUGUAUGAAUGGUAUAUUGGCCAUAUUCUGUGAUGACAUAGAUUCCGAAGCAUUUUGUCCUAAUGAAGGCAGCUGCUGUAUAACAGGCCAACAGCAGCAGUCAGUUACCUCGCCAGCUAUUAAAAAUAAUCCCACAAAAGCUCCUGUCAAGCAUCAUCCCAAGCCUGCACACAAGCCAGUGCAAAAACAACCCGCCCCACCACCACCUCCCUCGUCCUCACAAACCGGUGGCAAUGAUUUGUUCUCACAAAUCUUGUCCUUUGCUGAGAAUACCUUAAGUGGCGGUAAUGGUCCUGCCCCACAGCAGGCUCCUCAGGCUCCACCCAAAAUACCCAGAUGUCCUGGUUUCUGUUUGCUCAAUAUAAUGGCUGCUUUCUGUGAAAGACCCUCAAUAUUGAUAUCUGGACCCACCACCUGUGCCAAGGGUUCUGUGUGUUGUGAUAACUCCAGAGCUGGUUCACCUAAGCCGCCACCACAAAACAGACAACCACCCUCAUUGCCACCACCCACACAACCACCUUAUGUCAUAGCCAAUACUCCAUCUCCCGAUCCUCGUGAGGAAUGUCCCGGUUCCUGCAUAGUCAGCUUGUUAAGUUUUACUUGCUUCAAAAAUGCCGAAAUGACAGAUUUAUUCAAAUGCAAGCGUUCGGGACAGACAUGCUGUGCUCCUAAGAGUAAGAUUUUGGAGAAACAACAAUUCCAAACACGUAAUGAUACCUCCUAUGCCCACUAUCCACCACCUCCUCCUCCACCCCAAUUGGGUGUGCAACAAUAUCCACCACAAUCGGCCUAUCCACCACCACCUCAUCAAGCUUAUAUGCCCACACAGCCACCACAAUUGCAUCAUCACUAUCCUCCACCACCUCCACCCAUGCAAGUGCCUCAACAACAACAACCUAAUUAUGAUUAUUCCAUGUAUGGACCCAUACCCCAUCAACAGGGUUUACCGCCACCACCACCCCAACUACAGCCUCAGCAUUUGCCACCACCCACAACCACACCUUCCACUACAACCACCACAACUACCACCACCGCCAGACCUCAUGUCUAUUCCAAAUAUGUUUGCGGUGUCAAGGGCACCCUACGUUCAGGCCGUUCUCUUAGCUCUACUCCCGCACUUUCUCUGGUCUCCUAUGUACGUGCCAAAUAUGGCGUCCAUCGUCAAUCUCGACAACUAACUGAAUCAUCGUAUGGCAUACCCAUGGGUGUACAAAAGUCCGCUGAACGUUUAAUUCUUGGCUCUGAUAUUGUACCCAUACAAAUCCAUAACGAUAAACUGGGAGAUUUAAUACAAAACGAUGCCACAAAUUUCAAUCAAGUGAGAUCUUAUCAGGACGAUGCUCCUUCAACAGUAGUUUUGGCCAAGUCAUAUUAUGAUACGUUCAAUGUGACGAGCCGAAGACGUGCUCGUGUUGUGGGCGGUGAAGAUGGCGAUAAUGGUGAAUGGUGCUGGCAAGUGGCAUUGAUUAAUUCAAUGAAUCAGUAUUUGUGUGGUGCAGCUUUAAUUGGCACCCAAUGGGUAUUGACAGCGGCUCAUUGUGUUACCAACAUUGUUCGUUCUGGUGAUGCCAUUUAUGUGCGUGUAGGUGAUUACGAUUUGACCCGAAAGUACGGCAGUCCUGGAGCCCAGACCCUAAGAGUAGCCACCACAUAUAUACAUCACAAUCACAACAGUCAGACUUUGGACAAUGAUAUUGCUCUGCUUAAACUACAUGGUCAAGCGGAAUUAAGGGAUGGUGUUUGCUUGGUAUGUUUGCCAGCCCGAGGUGUUAAUCAUGCAGCUGGCAAACGUUGUACUGUAACAGGCUAUGGUUACAUGGGAGAAGCUGGCCCCAUACCUUUACGUGUCCGUGAGGCUGAAAUACCAAUUGUCAGUGACACAGAGUGCAUACGUAAGGUGAAUGCGGUGACGGAGAAAAUCUUUAUAUUGCCCGCUUCUAGUUUCUGUGCUGGCGGUGAAGAGGGCAAUGAUGCUUGUCAGGGUGAUGGCGGCGGUCCUUUGGUAUGUCAAGAUGAUGGUUUCUAUGAGUUGGCCGGUUUGGUUUCAUGGGGCUUUGGUUGUGGCCGUGUCGAUGUGCCCGGUGUUUAUGUCAAGGUUUCUUCGUUUAUAGGCUGGAUUAAUCAAAUCAUAAGUGUCAAUAAUUUAUAGUUGUCUUCUAGUAAUUAAUUAUGAUUUAUUAUUAUAAGUUAUUGUUUAAUUCGUUUGAUGACAAAUUGCGAAUUGGCAGUAUAAUAAGUUCUUUUUUUUAUUUAAAAAAAAAAAAAAUAUUUAUCUACAAGUACCAACUAAAAUGAAAUUGAUGUACUCUUACUUCUUUCUAAUAUUUAAUUUUGUUUGCAAAAUUCCAAAGGAGUUUGUUUUUAAGAUUAAUACAAUUGCUAAUGCUUUCAAUUAUUAUAUAAAUUUUAUAUUGUAAUUUUUAUAUAAAUUAUGAGUUUUUGAAAGCUUAAUUUUGAAAUUAUAUUUAUAAAUAUAAAUAUAUUUUUUUAUAAUUUAAUAUAUGACUGUUAUUUUUAUAUUUUAGUAUUUUUAAUAUUAUUCCCCUUAAGACAUUUAAUUAUUACUAAAUUUUAUUUAAAAUAUGUUUAAUAUUAAGACAGUUUUUGCAUCAGAAGUUAUAAAAUUUUUGCUUAUGAAGACAAACAAAUAAAUAAAUUUAGAAAUUUUAUAGAAAUUAUAUGAGUAUCGUAAAAUAUUUAAUUAUAUAUGUAUUUUGUAUAUAUUUAUAAGUCAUUUAUUAUAAAUAAAUAAAUGUUUAACGAAAAAUAAA